GCGGCGGCGAUGGUGGCGGGGCGCCGGGGUUGCGCGGCGUAGGCCUUCCCUAAAGUUUCCCAUGUCUCAAUGGACUCCUGAAUACAACGAGCUCUACACCCUAAAAGUGGCUAUGAAGAGUGGGACUCCUGCUGACGCGCCCACAGCACAGGAGAGUCUGAAGGGGGUCCUUCUGCACUCACAGCCCCUAGGGGCCACCAAGAGCUUCCCUGCAGACGUGGGGAUGAUCAGCAGCAAAGUGGGGAGUGAGUUCGCUCACCUGUGUGAUGAGUCUCAGAAACAAGAGAAGGACAUGAAUGGCAACCAGCAAGAACAAGAGAAAACCAGCGCUGUGAGGAAAAAGCGCAAAAGCCAGCAGGCUGGCCCCUCCUAUGUGCAGAAUUGCGUCAAAGAAAAUCAGGGAAUCCUAGGGCUGCGGCAGCACCUAGAGACACCGAGCGAUGAGGAGAACUCUUCCUUCAGUGACUGUCUGUCGUCUCCCUCCUCUAGUCUCCAUUUUGGAGACUCUGAUACUGUGACUUCAGAUGAAGAUAAGGAAGUCUCAGUGAGACAUUCCCAGCCUGUUCUGAGUGCUAAAAACAGAGGGCAGAGUGCACGCUCCCAAAAGUGGCCUCGCACCGAGGCAGAGUCCGUGUCAGGCUUGUUGAUGAAAAGACCUUGUUUUCACGGGAGCACGCUGAGGAGACUACCAUGCAGAAAGCGGCUAGUGAAGAGCAGCUCCUCACAGAGGACACAGAAGCAGAAGGAGAGGCUGCUGGUGCAGAGGAAGAAGCGCCAGGUCCUGGCCCAGAGGAAGUACGCGCUUCUCCCCAGCUCCAGCAGCUCCAGUGAGCAGGACCUCAGCAGCGACUCCUCCGCCAGCUCCUCCACGGAUGGGGAAGAGGACCUGUGUGCGUCUGCCAGUGAGAACCCCGGCAACCCUGCUGCCCCCUCAGGAAGUAUUGAUGAAGAUGUUGUGGUGAUAGAAGCUUCCUUCACUCCCCAGGUCACUGCCAAUGAAGAAAUUAAUGUUACCUCAACCGACAGUGAAGUGGAGAUUGUUACAGUUGGAGAAAGCUACCGGUCUCGUUCAACCCUUGGGCACGCCAGAUCUCAUUGGAGCCAAGGAUCAAGUUCACACACAGGGCGGCCACAGGAGCCUCGAAACCGCAGUAGGGUCUCUACUGUCAUCCAACCCCUGAGGCAGAGCGCAGCAGAAGUUGUGGACCUGACUGUUGAUGAAGAUGAACCUACUGUAGUACCAGCCACCUCUGCUAGAGUGGAGUCACAGACUACUGGCGCUUCCAUUAACAAUUCAAAUCCUUCUACCUCUGAGCAAGCCUCUGACACUACGUCAGCUGCGGCCAGCAGCCAGCCUUCCACAGUGUCAGAGACUGCAGCUGCUCUCACAAGCAAUAGCGCGCCCGGGUCUUCUGUGGGCGAUGAGGCGAGGAGAACCGCAUCUAGUGCUGUCCCUGAAAGUGGCCCUCCUGCAAUGCCAAGGCUACCUUCCUGCUGCCCCCAGCACUCGCCAUGCGGAGGGACAUCACAGAGUCACCAUGCAUUAGCACAUCCACACUCAAGCUGUUUUCAGCAGCAUGGCCACCAUUUUCAGCACCACCACCACCACCACCAUACUCCCCACCCAGCAGUCCCAGUCUCUCCUUCCUUCAAUGACCCUGCUUGCCCUGUGGAAAGACCUCCCCAAGUACAGGCGCCGUGUGGAGCAGCAAAUAGCAGCUCUGGUUCCAGCUACCAUGACCAGCAGGCCUUGCCAGUCGAUCUGAGCAGCAGUGCUCUCAGGACUCAUGGAAAUGGGGGUUUCCAUAGUGCAUCUGCCUUUGACCCCUGCUGCCCUGUCUCUUCUUCCCGGGCUGCAGUCUUCGGCCAUCAGGCUGCUGCUGCCCCGACUCAGCCAUUGCCAAUAGAUGGCUAUGGCUCAAGCAUGGUUGCCCAGCCCCAGCCGCCUCCACAGCCUUCUCUUCCGUCAUGUCGGCAUUACAUGCCGCCUCCUUAUGCUUCCUUGACAAGACCACUGCACCAUCAAGCCUCAGCUUGCCCGCAUGCUCAUGGAAACGCCCCUGCUCAGCCUCAGCCGCCCCCUCACGUGGAUUAUGUCAUUCCGCACCCUGUGCACGCUUUCCAUCCUCAGAUGUCUUCUCAUGCAGCACCUCACCCUGCGGCUGCCCCACCCCCCACCGCUGCACCCGUCCCUCAGCACCUUCCUGCUGCUCACCAGCCAAUUGCUCACCAUAUCCCAGCCCCGAGGCCGCACCCUCAUGAAGUCAUGCAGAGGAUGGAAGUUCAGAGGAGGAGGAUGAUGCAGCACCCAACGCGGGCACAUGAACGCCCCCCUCCCCAUCCACAUAGGAUGCAUCCAAACUAUGGCCAUGGGCAUCAUAUUCAUGUGCCUCAAACCAUGUCCUCACAUCCUCGACAGGCUCCGGAGAGAACUGCCUGGGAGCUGGGGAUUGAAGCCGGGGUGACUGCAGCUACCUACACGCCUGGAGCACUGCACCCUCACUUGGCUCAUUAUCACGCCCCGCCUCGACUCCAUCACCUACAGUUAGGAGCACUUCCUUUAAUGGUCCCUGACAUGGCAGGCUAUCCUCACAUCCGCUACAUUUCUUCAGGACUGGAUGGAACAUCAUUCAGAGGUCCUUUCAGGGGCAAUUUUGAGGAAUUGAUCCAUCUGGAAGAAAGACUAGGAAACGUCAAUCGUGGCGCAUCCCAGGGAACAAUUGAAAGGUGCACAUAUCCACACAAGUACAAGAAGAGGAAACUGCACUGCAAACAAGAUGGGGAAGAAGGGACUGAGGAAGACACAGAGGAAAAAUGUACUAUCUGUUUGUCUAUUUUAGAGGAAGGUGAAGAUGUGAGACGCCUUCCGUGUAUGCACCUUUUCCACCAAGUGUGUGUGGAUCAGUGGCUCAUCACCAAUAAGAAGUGCCCCAUAUGCAGAGUGGACAUCGAGGCCCAGCUGCCCAGUGAGAGUUGACGUUGUGUUUCAGAACUCUUGCCGUCCCUCUCAGUCCCGUCCUUCCUGGUACUGCAGUCAACCAAAGAUGGCAUGACUUACCUGCGCAGAUCUGGAAGCCUUGACCUCGGAGUGCUGACUCUGCUACAUGGUACAGCUCCCGCUAGACCUACAACUUAUGUACACAGUUGAUUUUUGAUGUAUUUAUAAAAAGCUUUUUUUUUUUCUUCUUUUUUUUCUUUUCUUUUUUUUUUUUCCUAGAGUUGACAUUUCUUCCUGUAUCAUUUUACUGUAUUUUUGCAUGAUUCCUUGUAUUGCAUUUCUUUGCACAUAUUAUGGGCUUGUGACCCUAAACUUGCAGGCAAGAUUAGCUGCUUUAGUAAGUAGUAUUUUUGUGGUCUUUUUUGUUUUGUUUUUGUGUUUGUUUGUUUGUUUUUUUUUUUUUU